AGAGAGAGAGAGAGAGAGCGCACAGGGAGGAAAGCGGAGCGGCGUGUACACAGGCAAAGGGCACGUGGAAGAAGGAGCAGCGCGAGUCGCGAUGUCGCCGGGCACGAGCACGAGCCUGUGGAUUAACGUGACGGUCCUGGUCGCGAGCGCGGUCCUCGGGACGGCGGAGGUGAGCGCGAGGCGGCGCGACGAUUCGGUGCUGGUGACGAGCGUGAGCCGCGCGCGCUGCGCCUCUCGGUGCCUCAGUCUGCACCUCACGCGCAUUUCGGUGCUUUUCAAACACGCCCAGGGAAAUGGAUCUCUGGUUUGGUGUCAGAAUCACAAGCAGUGUUCGAAGUGUCUGGAGCCCUGCAAAGCAUCAUGGGAUCUCAGAGAGAGCGAGUGUCAGGAUUUGUGUGAGUCGGUUUUCCCGAAUAAACAGUCCGAGUGUGUGGUGAGCUGCGAGUUCUUCCUCUCGGUGGACGCGGUGAAGCAGGGGGCGUGUCCAGCUCCUGAUCGAGCGAGCGGAUUUGCUGCUGCAUGUGUGGAGAGUUGUGAGAGCGACGCCCACUGCUCCGCCCACAAGAAGUGUUGCUCCAACGGAUGUGGACGAACCUGUCAGGCGCCCAGGAACCUCUAUAAAGGUGUUCCACUGAAGCCCAGGAAUGAACUGAAUUUCCUUGAAUUGGCAUCAGGAGAACUGGAAGUGCGCUGGUCUUCAAAAUUUAACGUAUCAGUGGAGCCGGUGGUUUACGUCGUGCAGCAGCGCUGGAAUUACGGCAUCCACCCGAGCGAAGACGACGCCACGGCGUGGGAGGACGUGGCACAGGUCACAGAGGAGCAUGUUGAGUUGGCAGAGAUCAGAGCCAUGCGCUGGUACCAGUUUCGCGUUGCGGCGGUGAACGUACACGGCACUCGCGGAUUCACGGCGCCAAGCAAACACUUCCGCUCGUCCAGAGAUCCGUCUCCUCCUCCACGCCCGGCCGGACUCAAGGUGUCCAAUGUAACGACAGACGACGGCGGCUCAGUGACGGCUCAUCUGGAAUGGACGCCUCCCGAGGAGCUGGAUGUUCCUGUCCAUCACUUUAAAAUCUCCUGGAGCUGGAACGUUGCUGGGAAAACCACAAUUCCUUCCAAAAAGAAGAGGAGAAAGACUGUGGAUGGGCUGAAGAGCUCAGUGAGUCUAGAAGGUCUGCUAGUGAACAGCUCGUACACUGUGGAUCUUCAGGCCGUGGCGUUAUGGGGAUCAGCGAGACUGAAAAGCCCAAGAACAUCUCUGCAGUUCAGCACUGCUCAGGAGAACCAACGCACUAAGCUCAGUGUGAAGCUGAAGAAAGCGUAUUCGACUCCGUUCCUGUGGAACUCUCAUGCGAGUUCUGUGGAGGUGGGAACGCCAUUCUACCAGGACACACAGCUGCAGGUUCGAGUUUACUGGAAAAACAGAGGAGAUCCCACAACAAGCCGUUUUCACGUCCAGUGGACUCCUGAACUCUGCCUCCACAACGAGACAAAACCCCCCCCGGAAAAAUCCGUCACACACGAGAACUUCAUCAGCCUCGCCGGCCUGCUCUUCUCCUGCAGGUACAGAGUAACCGUUCACACUUUCAAAGGCAAGAAGAACUCUGAGAUUGGCAGUGUCUCCUUCACCACACCAUCCUGUCCUGCAAUAAGGAGCAGAAGCCAUGAAACUGUGGAGUGUCCUGGAGAAGGAGUAAAUGUGAAAGUGUCCACUAAACCAGAGAACCUCACAGCAUCCUUCAGGGCUUAUGGUGAAAACAUCACGGGACAUUUCUUCUGGCGUGUCUCACGCUCUCAGCCUCAUCAGCCAAUCACAGGCUUCCAGGUCAUGUGGGCGGAUAUCACGGUGGUGAAUCGGGAGAACACUCCGAACAGCCUCGUGUCCCAGUCACAAAUCCUCCCUCCUGAUCAUAACUUUCUGGAGGUACUGAAUCUCAGGCCUGGGUCCUCCUAUAGAUUAGAAGUGCUGGUCAUCACCAGUGUAGGAGAAGGUCCUGUUACCAUCAAGGUGUUCCACACGCCAAGGAUUUCCUCAGCCAUCCACCAUAGGCUCAAACUUCAUCAGUACUCAGGACAUCAGAAACACUCUUCAGAAAAGCAGUGAGAGACCAGAACAUCUCACAUCAACCUGCAGAAAACUUCAGCAUCUUACAGACAAUCUCUUAAAAUGAUUCCUCUACUGAAGAACUACUUCUGAGUUGGGUUCUGGGCUAGUUCUCCUGCUGAAAUUAAAUCAGACCUGGAAGAUCUCAAUAGCAGAAAUGGUCCUUGAUCUGGUUCUUCAGGUAAAACUGGUUAUGGUGUUGUUUUCCUGCAGGACUAGAUGUUGGCAGUACAAGAUCUAGACUAGUUCUCCUGAUAUUGGACCUGAAUCUGUCAAAAUGAGAUCUGCCCAAGAAAAAUCUGGAUCUGGAUUGGUUCUUCUACUAAACCUGGAUUUUAUCUGCUUUGAUUUGUUCUGUACUGUAUAUAUGGACAGAACCGGUACUCUGGUGGUUCUUUGGAAAAAGCAAACUAUAGACUGGACCUUCUUCUGACAGCACUGAUUCUGCACUGUUCCUCUGGCCACAAAUGUUAUGGACUGGUUCUCUGAAUAUAAAACUCUUCCACUUCUGUAUGAUUACUGGAAUUUAUCAGGAACCUGGUUCUGAAAGAUUCUAGACUACUCAAAAAGUAUUUUAAAUUGAGAAUGAAGUAUUUUUCUAUUACAGAGCCAUGUUGAGAUAUUUGAACAGAUGAAUGUAUAUUCAGAAAUUUGGAAUUUCAGCAGCUUCUGACUGGAAAAUUUAUUUUUUUUCACAGUGAAAUAAAUUACAUUAACAUAAAAAUGUCACCCUGAAAUGAUGAGAGAAUAAUUUCCACUAACAGAUUAACAGAGACUCUGUAUGAGGGAUAUUUCUGCGUGUAAUUUAUAACUUUAUAACUAUAAACUGUGUAUGUUCUUGGAGAACGUAUUUGUUAUAUCAAUAUUUAUUUAUGUGUACUUUUUGCUGUGUGUGUGUGUGUGUGUGUGUGUGUGUGUGUGUGUGUGUGUCUGAUAAACAUGUUAAAAGGUUUGUAUAAAAUAAAAAGUGUAAAUAUAGUAUAUUUUUGGCAUUUAGACCUUGUACAUAUUAUUCAACAAUAAAAUUUACCUCAGUUCUUUUCA